CAGGACAUCAGACAGACGGGCAGACAGACUCCAGACGAAGCGACAGCUCAUCUGAAACCUCCACCACCUCCAGCAGGAUGUUGUGCCCAAGCGCCUUCCAGCCGACCACCCUCGCCAUGAGGCCUUUCCUGGACAUGCACUGGCCCGUCCGCAGCCUGUGGCCCGAGACCCGGCCGCUCAUCUAUCACAUUGAACAAGAGAUGAUCCGCCACAUGCAGGAGAUGAGGCAGAGCAUGGAGUACAUGGAGAGGCUGCACCAGAAGAUCUUUGAGGAGAUCGACCAGACCUCGUCCCUGACAGGGGUCUUCAAGCCCAUCGCCUUCCAGGAGCUGGGGAGGGACGGCAGCAGCUUCGCCAUCAGCCUGGACACCAAAGAGUUCUCCCCAGAGGAGCUGUCUGUCAAACAGGUGGGCAGGAAGCUGAGGGUGAGUGGCAGGACGGAGAAGAAGCAGGAGGACGAGAAGGGCUCCUACACAUACAGGUGUCAGGAGUUCAGGCAGGAGUUCGACCUGCCGGACGGCGUCGACCCCGAGACCGUCACAUGCUCUUUGGUGGGGGGGCAGCUGCAGAUUCAGGCUCCCCGGGAGAAACCGGUGCAUGAUGGGAAGGAGAGGGUCGUCCCCAUAAGCAUCACCUCGGCCCCAGCCAUCACCUCCUCCUCCUCCACCACCAGCACCAUCAGCAGCAGCGGCGCCUCCUCUGAGAGCAGCCCUGCGGAGAAAAACUGAACAGAGUGAACCAUCUCAUCUCUUCACCCUUCUUUGAGUCAGCGUGGCGUCAGUGUACCUGAGGGAACAUGAAGCUCAUACUCUUCACCUGCACUUUGAUUUUAAGUUUUAACAGUUUAUAAUAAACUUAUUGUUUCAUGUUUUAUUGAUCUUCCUGUCCGUCAUGUGGUGAACGACUCUUUUCCUCUGAACGAUGAUGAAUUAUGUCCAAAAUACGACAAAACAUUCUCAUAUUUGUUUUAAUUACUGACAAUGUUCUCUUUAUUUUUCUGCAUGCUUAUAAACUGUGACUGUGUCUGUUCACUGCUUAUCAAUGUGCCCUGUCCCUGUUCAAUAAAACUAUAAAUAUUCAUCACUGAUCUCAGAACUGUGAAAUUAAAAAAAAGUGACUUUUCUCAU